AGAAGCAGCAGCACAACAUUAAGGCUUGGGAGUCGGCCGUCCGCAAAGCGCAGCAACUGCAUUCACAUCAGUCAGGCAGCCGCCGACGCGUCUGCCAGAUCUCCCCCAUGUCCGUCGCGCCCGCCGACGACAACUUCGAAGCCAGCUCCCCGCGAGGGAGCGACGGCAACUCGGCGGCAGAGGAGGACGGAAAGGUGUGCCACGCGGAACGCCUCUUCCCUGGUGGCGACUCGUACACCGGUCAGUGGUCCGGCGGCGUCCCGCAUGGCACCGGCAAGUACGUGUGGACGGAUGGGUGCAUUUACGAGGGCGAGUGGCGGCGGGGCAAGACCACCGGCCGCGGCAAGUUCUCGUGGCCAUCCGGUGCCACCUACGAGGGCGAGUUCAAGGCCGGGUUCAUGGAUGGCUUCGGCACCUACACUGGUGCCUCCGGCGAUACCUACCGUGGAAGCUGGUCCAUGAACCUGAAGCACGGCCACGGCAAGAAGUUCUAUGCCAACGGCGACUAUUACGACGGGGAGUGGCGCUCCGGCCUGCAGGAUGGCCAUGGCCGCUACGUCUGGAGCAACAGCGCUGAGUACGUCGGGCAGUGGCGCGCUGGGGUAAUCCAUGGCCGAGGAUCCCUCAUCUGGGCCAAUGGCAAUCGGUACGAUGGUGGGUGGGACAAUGGAUCUCCGAGGGGCAAUGGUAACUUCCGAUGGCCCGACGGCAGCCUCUAUGUCGGGGUGUGGACUAAGGAAAAUGCAGGGAUCCAACAAAAGGGGGUGUACUACCCAUCACCCUCUGCGAGCUCCCCCACUGCCCGAGACCCACAGGAGGCUUUUACAGCUGACCUUCGGGGGUGCAAGAUCUCGCCAGGGGACACUCUGUCGAUACUUCCCUCUCAGAAGACCCUCAAUUGGUCCGGCACGGAGGUGUCACGUGGUUCGGUCGAUAAUGCUGAUCCUGGUUUGCCACCCAGACGGCUGAAUGGUAGGACAAAUACCAUCAUUGGAUCUAGUGACAUUUUGGGAGGAGAGAGGUGGUCCGACCGGAUCGGCAUUUGUAAGUCCAAUGGCGAUAUCAGUUUUGACAUUGUCGAUCGAGGUUCAGCGGCAUCACGAGGUGACGCAGACGUGAAAUUAUCGUUGAAUCCACGUUGGCCACCUCCAAGGGCUGCGAAGAGGCAAGGGGAAACCAUCACAAAAGGGCACAAGAAUUAUGAACUAAUGCUCAAUCUCCAGCUUGGGAUCAGACAUGCGGUUGGAAAACAAGGUCCAUCUCAUGUUGAGCUGAAAUCAUCGGCCUUUGACCCCAAAGAAAAGGUGUGGACAAAGUUCCCUCCUGAAGGAUCAAAACAUACACCUCCACACCAAUCCUGUGAAUUCAGAUGGAAAGAUUACUGCCCUUUGGUGUUCAGGACACUUCGCAGGCUGUUUAAGGUUGAUGCAGCUGAUUAUAUGAUUUCUCUUUGUGGCAAUGAUGCUUUACGAGAACUAUCAUCUCCUGGAAAGAGUGGAAGCUUCUUUUACCUGACCAAUGAUGACAGAUACAUGAUCAAGACAAUGAAGAAGUCUGAAGUAAAAGUCCUUCUGAGGAUGCUUCCAGCCUAUUAUAACCAUGUCCGUGCAUUUGAGAACACUUUGGUGACCAAGUUUUUUGGUCUUCACUGUGUGAAGGUAACUGGAGCUUCACAGAAGAAGGUCCGUUUCGUUAUAAUGGGUAACUUGUUCCGCUCUGAGUACUCUAUUCAUAGGCGCUUUGACCUAAAAGGGUCUUCCCAUGGUCGUAUGACUAGGAAACCAGAGUCAGAGAUUGAUGAAUAUACUACUUUAAAAGAUCUUGAUCUUAAUUUUAUAUUUCGACUGCAACAGUCUUGGUUUCAAGAGUUCCAAAGGCAAGUUGACAAGGAUUCUGAGUUUCUUGAGCAGGAGAGGAUCAUGGAUUAUAGUCUUCUAGUCGGUGUUCAUUUUAGAAGUUCCAGAGAGACGCCUUUACCUGAAGGUGGUGAUGCUGACAUCCAAAGAGAAUCAACAUUGAGGCUUUCCAGAGACAUGGAUCAGUUUCUUGGUGAUCAAAACAGGCGGGCAAAGAUUCGAAUAGGUCUGAAUACACCAGCUAGGGCUGAACUGACAGUCAGGAAGAGUGAGAGUGACUCUCAGCUCAUUGGAGAACCUACAGGGGAGUUCUAUGAUGUAAUCUUGUUUUUUGGCAUCAUAGACAUAUUGCAAGACUACGAUAUAAGCAAAAAGCUAGAGCAUGCAUACAAGUCUAUUCAACAUGAUCCGACCUCGAUAUCGGCUGUAGAUCCGAAACAGUACUCAAAACGCUUCCGUGAUUUCAUAUACAGAGCUUUUACCGAAGACGCCUAAAGAAAAGUUUGUCCUGGAAGCACCAUCAGAGUUCCAGGUUCGGUUGACCUUCAGAAUGCAUUGAAGAAUCUGGUCAGGCCGCAACUGGGUGUUUAGAUUUUGGCAUUUGUGUACAUUGUUUCAGUGCCCACCACCAAAAGUUGCUGCUUCAGCCAUCAUCGAGCCUCUGGAUCUCCUUGUUGCUGCUAGGAUCUCGACCGACUCAAAAGAAAAGAAAUUUGAUUCUCCCAAAGAACAUUUGAAUAGGACCUUACAAUCCUCUAAAAUUUCUUUCUAUAGGUAGUACUGCUAAUGUCCUAAUUCAGGUACAGAUAGAAAUUUGUAACAAUGAGCGUGCAAGCCCGAUUUAGAGUUGUAAAUUAUUUACGAGUAACGUGUAUCAGAUAUUCUUUUUCUUCUGUAAAAAUUAUGAUUUCCACUGAGGAGCAAGAACAGAUUUGAGAUUCUUACAUGUAAAC